UUCACUAGUGGGUCUGGGGGAAUAUUUGGGACCGAUCUACUGUCACUAUGACCGAACAGCACUCUGGGAAAUGUCUGCUACACAACUGGGCCGAGGAGGCGUCAGAGGGGAGCUUUUGGAAAAACAGUUGGCUCAGAUGAUAAGAGAGAAGAUUACAGCUGAGAUGAACCCCCCCACUCCAAAAACAGACUUCUGCUCCACAACCAGGACAGACUUCAACGCAGACGGGUUCACAACGGUUCCACCUGAACCAUCACAGGUUCAUGAUUAUAAAUCUGAACAGGCUGUUUCCUUUUGGAGUGAAAACUACCAGCGGAUCCAGAGAGUGACUGCCGUACGGUCCCUGAACGCACCGUUCAGGAAGUCGUCUCACUUCAGUACUCCCAUCACUGAGCGUCUGGAUGAACCGGAGCCGCCGUCGGAAAACUGA